ACACUAUUGGUGUUGAUGUUGGGAAGCACAGAAACGAUAAAGGGUGGGGACCAAAAAACGAAUUUUACUCUUUUCGAGAGUCCAGUCUAGACGCUGUCGUCGCAAUUUGGCUGCGCUUCUGCAAUGGCGGCCACCGGAAAAUGCAUUCUCGUCACCGGUUCUCCCGGAGUGGGGAAAACUACUCUGAUAACCCGAGUUCUGGAUGCCCUUAAACUAUUGAAUCCCAGCUUAAAGAUUCAGGGUUUCUAUACUCGUGAGGUAAGAGAAGGGUUUGACAGGGUAGGAUUUGAAGUGGUUACUGUUGAUGGCCGUAGAGGUCCUCUGGCAUCCUCCAAUAACACUAGCCGGGAAUCUCACAAAUGGCCUAAUGUGGGGAGGUACAAAGUAGACGUCUCAUCAUUUGAGUCAUCGGCAUUGCCAGAGUUGGAGGUUAAGGAAGACACCGAUCUGUUCAUUAUUGAUGAAGUUGGUAAAAUGGAGCUGUUCAGCUCAUCAUUCUUCCCUGCUGUCUUAAGAGUUCUAGAAUCCAAUAUUCCUCUGUUGGCAACUGUCCCUGUCCCAAAAUCUGGCAGAGAUAUUCCUGGAGUUUCAAGGUUGAAAAAUCAUCCAGGGGCUACCAUAUAUACGCUGAACACGAGCAACCGAGAUGCCAUGAAAGAGCAAAUAUACUCCAACUUGGUAGACUUGUUACAAAACCACUAGCUCCGUCAAAAGCUAAAGCUUCCUACUUUGUGACUUCCUGCAACUUUCUUUCGAUCCUGUAGAAGAUUUGGAAGGAAUUAAAGUGAGUUUUUGUCCACUUGUUCUGCAUCUAUUGAGGGAUGCUGCAACUUUUUAAGGAUUAAAGUGAGUUUUGUUCACUUGGUUUAGUUUAUUGAAUGCUGCUUGAGUCUAUAGCAAAUGUGUCCCUUAAAGUAGUAAGCUGUAGCAGUCAUGGAAAAUUUACAUUAUUUGUCUUUUUGAUUUGUAUAAAUCUGGAUUGCAACAUCUUGUUUGGUCUGACUAGUGGAUUUUUUGGCUGGAA